UUAAGCGGUGGCCUGUAUGAAAACACGCUGUUUAAUGCAUUCAAACACUUUCGGUUGGGGUGAUAUGAAAACAGGAUUAUCAGAUGAAACAAGCGUCAAGCAGUGUCUAAUUCGUGUGUUAAAGUAAUUGCCGCUGUUAAAUUUCGUAAACUGAACUUAAAGUUAUUAUAGGGAAUAUUAACUUCAUAAAUAGGAAUAUGAGAGAGAACAUUUUCGAACCCUAAAUGAGAUUGGAUCGUGCAAUAAGAAUGACGUCAUUCACCGAAACAGCUCUUCUUAUCGUGUGUAUCGUCUGCUGCAGCAUCUCUUCUGCCGAGGAUGUCGGUAACUUGUUCAGCGCGAGUAUCUUAGAAAAUAAAGAGAGUGGAUUUUUCAUCGGUAACUUAGCAACCGGGACUCAGGUUCUUCAAAACGCCACUGAGUCCCAAAAGGAAGGCGCUAGAUUCACUUACCUAAAGGAAUCUGCGAACAAUAUUUAUUUUACUCUUAAUUUGAUAAAUGGUGAUUUGAAUACAUCGGAUAUGAAAAUAAAUCGUGAAGACGUCUGCGAAUUUUCUGUAACAUGCACAAUUACACUGGAAAUUGCUGUUACGUCAGGAAAAUUCUUUGAUAUAGUAACUGCGAAGAUUACUAUUUUGGAUGAGAAUGAUAAUGCCCCUACAUUUUCAAAUGAAGUCAGAAAUUUGGACAUUUCAGAAGGCGAAGCCAUCGGAACUGAAUUUAGAAUUGGAACAGCUUUUGACGCCGAUAUGUCAGGAAAUAAUUCAAUACAGGAUUAUGCUAUCGAACAACCAGCAGAACUAUUUGAGCUAAUAGCUACAAAGGGUAACGAUAAUAGUUACAGCUUCAAAUUAAAGCUUUUGCAGAAAUUAGAUCGAGAAACUAAACAUAAAUAUAGUGUAAAAGUUACUGUGAGCGAUGGCGGAAAUCCCGUACAAAGUGAAACACUAGACAUCACAGUAAAUGUUCUUGAUGAAAAUGACAAUACUCCAGCGUUUUCAUCUAACGGUUAUAACCAAACAAUCGAUGAAAAUAUUCAUAUAAACUCAGUUAUUCUUACGAUAUUUGCUACGGACGAAGACACUGGAGAAAAUGGCAGAGUUUCUUAUAGAAUUCGAGAGCGGCAGUCAAAUAUUGACCUAAUUAAAAGACUGUUCAAGUUGGAUGAAAGUUCUGGAAAUUUGUCAGUAAUAUCCGAUCUUACAAGUGAACCCGCGGAAUAUUACGAAUUUUUCGUUGAAGCUACUGACCAUGGUAGUACACCUUUAGUUAACCAAACUGUUGUCACAAUAACAGUCAAUGAUGCUGAAAACAACCCUCCAACCAUUGAAAUAAAUCUUUUAUCACCCGGGAAGAUAGGAUUUGUUGAUAUAGAAGAGAAUCAACCAACGGAAGUGUUUGUUGCGCAUGUUAAUGUUGAAGACUAUGACAAAGGUGACAAUGGAAAAUUCUCUUGUGAUAUUGAAAACAGUUUGUUCAGGCUGGAAAGGUUCCAAGGUCGUGGUUUUAAGGUUGUUGUAGAUGGACUAUUGGAUCGUGAAGAUAAAGAUAUCCAUACGGUAAAAGUUGAAUGUAAGGAUUUAGGUAACCCACCAAAAACGUCUUCAGAAACAUUCUCCGUACGUGUGUUAGACGUCAAUGACAAUGAUCCUAAAUUUGAAAAGGAAAUAUAUAAUGCAGUUAUAGCAGAAAACAACAAUGUAGGUGUUAAUAUUACUAAAGUUAAAGCAACUGAUAACGACCAAGGGCUGAAUGGUACUGUAGAGUAUAUGUUGCUUGAACCAAACGGAUAUUUUCUUAUAAAUAAUGUCACAGGACAAAUAUUUGCAAACAAGAGCUUUGACCGUGAACGCGAGAGUUUGAUAAUAUUCAGUGUUUUAGCUGUUGAUCAUGGUCCUUCUAGACGCACUGCUACAACAACCGUCUCUCUGACACUGACCGAUACAAAUGACAAUGCACCAGUCAUGAUUCCGGCACGACCGGAAAUGAGAAUUACCGAGAACCAGGCACCAAAUACAUCUCUAGGAUUUCUUCAGGCAAAAGAUAGUGACCUUGGAGUAAAUGGUAUGGUUACAUUUGCUAUCACGCAUGUGCAACAGACGUCAUUUCCGUUUACUCUUUCUCGCAAUGGCGAAUUAAAAACUACGGAGGGUCUAGACAGGGAAAAGCAAAAUAGGUACGAAAUACCCGUCACUGUGACGGACCUUGGUGCAAAACAACUAAGUAAUACCCAGUAUGUAACAAUUUAUGUCACUGAUGAAAACGAUAACUCACCAAAAAUUACAUUUCCAAAUGCCGAAAAUAACACAGUUAAAUUCAUAUAUCCGGUCGACACAUACAAUGUUGUUACGACAGUUGCUGCUUAUGACGUAGAUGAUGGCGAAAACGGCUCUCUAAGUUACCAAAUUACUGGCGGAAAUGAAUUAGGUAUCUUUGAAAUUGACUCUGAACUGGGUGAAAUUUCUAUCAAGAAAUACAUUGAUAUAAAAGAAGAUAUGACAAUUUCUUUAACCGUUGAUGUCAAAGACAAAGCAGUAGUGCCAAGGUCGACAAAUGCGACACUAAAAAUAGAAUUGAUUUAUGCAAAUUCAACAGUUGGUGCUUCAGGUGGGGACGACACAGGGAAUAAAUACAUAAUAAUUUCAGUAGUUGUCAUAGUAACAACAAUUGCUGUUGCUAUAGCUAUUGUUGCCGUGAUACUGUUCCUUCGUUCUGUUGACAACAAGAAAACGCGGGAAGAUGAAAGUGCGAGAUAUUCCGACUCGGGAAUUUCGUCGAACGCAGACUCCAUUGCACAGGAUGGCUAUUUGUCAGGAAACGCUGAAGAAAAGUCUAAGAAGAAGAAAGAAGUCAGCUUUUCACUGGAAUUUUCAUUAGAUGGUCUUGACGGUGGCCGAAAUAUGGAGAGUAGUACAGAUGAAUAUUCUCAAAAUAGAUUUUACGACUCCCCACCCACAACAGUACAACAUGGACCCCCGACAUAUAACCUACAAAACCAAGAAAAAAUUGAUGGUCACAUGAAAGCUCUAAAGCUACAACAGUACCUCUGGGAGGCCAAGUCACGGGUCUGGGAAAAUUCGCCGGUACAUCAGCAGCUCCCAGUUGGUGACAGCGAAAGUGAAACGUCACGUGAUACAGUCACGUGUGACAGUGGGCGGGGCGGAAGCGAAGAUGAUGUUUCCAUGUCAUCUCCAGUAGCAGAAGAAAAGCGUUUCUUCAGCAUCCAAGACCCAAAGCCAAAACAUGUGCAAUUCCUCCCACAACAGAAAUUUGUUCAUACAUCACUUCCGACAGUAAGGGAGAGUACUCCAGUUCACCACAGCCGUCCCCCGCGCCCUCCCCGACCAGUUUCAUACAAACCUACAUCACAAACAGACUUACAAAACAAUGUACAAAGAAAUAACCCGAGAUUAGCAAUCAAAAACUUUACAAAUCCAACAUACAGCUCAAAUCAUGCUCACAGUCAAAAUAACCAAAGAAAUUCACAUCCGCAGUCAGAACCAUGGCGGGAAUAUUACCAUCAAAAUGGCGGCAAAUAUUACCCGCGCAUGCGCCAUGACAGCGGAAGCUCAAUGAGAUCAAAUGAAGAUGAUGGUGGAUCUACAACUACUUCCGGCAGCUAUACAUUGGACGAGAAUGAUAUUGACAUUGCUGAUAUUUAUUUGAACCAAAGGGAUUUGGUUGUUUGAAACACUGUACAUAAGUUUCUUAAUUAAUUGCUAAAACUGUGAUAAUUAAUUAACUUCCGUGCAAUAUGUUGUAUAGGAUAUAAUCUAAACAUAUUCAGAUAUAAGGAAUAAGGAACUACUUCCCAAGAAAGGGUUAUAAAAACACGGAUGUCAAAAACAACUAAAUGCUCAUUGCCCUGGUGAGAGGAUACGCAAGCCAACUGCUGAAAGGGACUCCGGGAAGAAUACUUAAGGACGGAAAAUCGGAGGGAUGGCAAGGUUGAUGAACAUGGCUUUUGGACGUAACAGUGAAAAAUGUUCACGUAUGGGUAUUAAACAAAAGAGGACAUUGCUCAGUACACUUAAAGACAAGAAAUAUUGACGAUGAUGAUUUAUUGUUAUGGUGCUGUUUUCGCGUUAGGAAAACGUGUUGUUUGCAUUUAAUCUGCAUUUAUUAUACGUGAUAUCUGUUUGUAUUCUGUAAAUGUGCUUUUUUAUAUACAUGUAUUAGUGUUUUAAGUACCAUGAAAUCUAGAAAACUAACUUUUAGGUGCUUAAGCGAAUAUCAUGUGUUCCGAGACUUUUCUUUCUGUUGACUUUUGUUUAAGGGAAGCUGCUUGUUUCUGUUAAAUUCAAAGUAAAAUAGAACAUUUUCAAAACAGCAUUGAAAUACUGUUUUUUUUUUACAUAAAUGUUGAACAUGCUUUUGAUAUAUGAAUAUGGGUUUUACAAGUGUUUUAUAACAGUUUUUGAAUGUUUGCGCCUCAGACGCUUGUCAGAUUACAUAUAACGUAUGGGAAAAUAACUCUAAAAUCAUUUCUUCUUAGACGGUUAUCGAAAUGCAUAAUGCAUCAUAACAAAUCUACGCUGAAACUUUUUCUCCAUGGACACAAUUCUUUUAACAUUUGUGACACAAUUCUUGUUUUUGCAUAAUAAUUACAUAUAAAUGAAUGUCCUCAUUAUAUGUUACACGUUUUUGUUGAUGUUUUUUUUCGUCAUUUUGACUAAUUCAAAACCGAUUUGUCAUAAUUGGCGGCACUUUUAUUGCUUUGAAGUUAUGUCAUUAAUCGUUUAAGUCAUGUUAAACAUUGAAGUGUAAUACAUCAUGUUUAAAUUGAACAUAUGGUUUGAUCUCGACUUUAAUAAAGAGAUAAAAUGAUAAAUCCGA